AUGCUUCCUCAAUUCAUAUUAUUCAGCGGUUUGCUUGCCACCCUGACUGCCGCCCAACUUGACUACUGCGCCGGCAACAAGAACACAGUCGGCCAUUGCGAAACUCUUUCUUUCAUCGACCGUACCACCACCGCUUCAAACCCGCCCUUAGCUACAGAAUGUCAAGACACAUGUCGUGGCGUGUUUGGAGACGCUGGAGACUGGGGCGUUGACUUUCGAGACAAGCCCGAAGGGUAUCGCCAAAACAUGCUCAUUUACCCCUGCGGUUUCAGCAUAGGCCGCGCCCCCGGCCAACCUCUCAACUACGAAUUCUCAAUGGAUAAUCAAGAUAUUGCUGACAUUUUGGAUGAAGUCACUAAGCGCUUUGCGCCGCUUCAUGGUGGUCGCGUUGCUGCUGAAGGAAGGGUCAAAUGUGAUGGAAAGGAAGCUACGUGGUAUGUGGACUAGAGACAUAUAUAUGGAGAGAGACAUGAGUGAGAAAGGACAGGGCGAUGCACCAAACGAACAGGAAAGUCACAUGGCAUGACAGGUGGUCUCAGAACGAAGAUGAAAUGGAUGUAAAUAGUCCAACUGUUAUCUUUCAUUUAGAGCGAGGUGUUGGUCGACUUUUCUUUGAUUAGUGUCAUGCAACAAUGAAUGUUCAUUUUCUGUUUUGCGUACAGAUAGUCUUUGACCCAUCACCUCAGCUCAUAGC